AGUGCCAAAUUGCUCCUCUUCACAUCCAUGGAGUGGCUGGACCAAGGUUCUUGACUGGACUGGGCUGGGCUGGGCAGAGCCCCCCACCUCCUCCAUUCUGCUCUCCCAACUCACCAUGGGGUGGAGGCAUCUCCUCUUGCUUCUACCAUUUGCUUUGUAUGCCCUGACACUACUUCUGACCACACAAGCAGCUGGGCCCCCACGGACACCCAAGGGCAACCGGACACAGGGGGCAGGAGCCUCCCGGAGACCGUACAAGCCAGCCAAGGAGCAGCUGAACCAGUCAGUCACCAGCACGGCACCUUCUUCUGUGCCAGCCGGUGGUGGAGGAAGCCGUGGACGCAGCCCUGGUGUAGGGCCAGCAAAGGUGCCCUCUGGCGGCAGCAGCAGUGCAGGCAAUUCCAGCCCAGCAUAUGAGACAUGCAUGGGCUACUAUGAUGUGAGUGGGCAGUGGGACAAAGAGUUUGAGUGCAACAAUACCCAGCAGGAUUUUCGCUACUGUUGUGGCACCUGCUCUUUCCGCUUCUGCUGCAACAAGCGCUCUAAGAAGCUGAAUCAGGAGAAGUGCCGUAAUCAGGACCCACGUCCUAGCACAGAUCCUAUGACCCCUGCCACCAACAAUAAUGGACCUGGAGAUAUCCCCAAUGGGUAUGACCCUAAUGAGGACAACACAAAUGCCACUGUCUACAUUUCAUGCGGGGCCAUUGCCUUCGUUGUCAUUGCGGGCAUCUUUGCUAAGGUGGCAUACGACAAAGCACGACAACCACCCCAGGAAAUGAACAUCCACAGGGCUCUGGCCGAUAUCCUCCGGCAGCAGGGACCAAUCCCCAUAGCACACUGUGAAAGAGAGACUAUCUCAGCUAUAGAUACCUCCCCCAAAGACAACACACCCAUCCGAACGUCUUCUAAAAACCACUAUACGCCGGUGCGCACCUCUAAGACCAACCCAGGUCAUUAUGGAAAGGAUAUUUACCGAAGUGGAGGUCCAGAUUUCCAUAAUUUCAUCUCUUCUGGGUUUGUCACAUUAGGAAGAGGACACAACAAGGGUACACAAAAUUAUAACCACCUGCUGUUAAGUACUGCAAACCAGACACCAUCACAUGAAAAACCACGGAUGAACAGUAUCCUCACCUCUGCUACAGAGCCCUAUGAUUUAUCCUUCUCCAGAUCUUUCCAGAACCUCUCACACCUCCCUCCAUCAUAUGAGUCUGCAGUUAAGACUAAUCCAAGUAAAUAUUCUUCCCUGAAGAGAUUAACUGACAAGGAAGCAGAGGAAUAUUACUCACGAAAGAGGCACCUUCCAGACUUAGCAGCAAGGGGGACGCUCCCUCUCAAUGUCAUCCAGUUAUCCCAGAAACAGGUCAACCAAAGGGAGAGGCCACGCCGUGUAAUGCGGGCCAUGUCCCAGGACCGGGUGUUGUCCCCAGAGAGAGUCAUGCCUGAGGAAUUCAGCAUGUCUUACGAGCAGAUCCUCUCAGAUGAACAGCUGCUGUCUACUGAGCGUCUCCAUUCCCAAGACCCUCUGCUCUCUCCAGAACACUCAGGGUUUGGAGAGCAAUCCAUGUCACGAGCUUUGUCCCACUCAGACGUCUUUGUUUCAACACCUGUCUUGGAUCGCUACCGGAUGACUAAGAUGCACUCCCAUCCCAGUGCCUCAAAUAACUUGUACAACACCUUGAGUAUGAACCAAACCUCGGCCAAACGCCAAGCAUUUGCCUCUCGGCGACAUAACACAGUGGAGCAGCUGCACUAUAUCCCAGGACACCAUCACCACUACCGCACAGCCAGCAAGACAGAGGUGACUGUUUGAUCAGAGACACUG